AUGGAGAACAACACGGCCACCGUAGCUCAGGCGGUCACUGUGAGUCUGCAAGAACUUAUUGAUGGAACGGUCUCUUUCGAUACUCUGACCGAGGCUUUCGGUCCCGAGUCUCUGGGCAUUAUUGUCGUGAAAGAUUUGCCCCAAACCUUCACUGAACUGCGUCAAAAGGUUCUUUCAAAUGCCUCGCACCUAGCAGCGCUGUCAGAUGCGGAUCUAGACUCUCUUACCAGUCCAGAAUCCAAAUAUCUGGUUGGCUGGUCCUGUGGCAAGGAAACCCUAAAAUCAGGUCAUUUCGACACGCUCAAGGGGUCCUACUAUACGAACUGUGCCUUCUACCAAGACCCAUCUUUGGACAGUGCGCCAGCCGAUGGAUUCCCAGACCUGCCCCAGUAUACCGCGCCGAACAUCUGGCCCUCCGAGGCGAAAUUACCCGAAUUCAGGGGUAGCCUAGAGUCCCUCUGUAGCUUGAUCAUUGAUACCGCCGCACUAGUCGCCAAGGCCUGUGAUCGGUACGCCGAGGUCAACAUCGAGGGCUACAAGCCUGGCUAUUUGCACCAUGUCGUCACGACCAGUCUGACCACCAAGGCCCGACUCCUGCACUACUUCCCUGGCAGCGAGGAACAAACCGAGGCCAGCGACGAUGACUGGUGCGCCACUCAUGUCGACCAUGGUUGUCUGACAGGCUUGACAUCGGCCAUGUUCCUCGACGAAGCUGCCUCCCCUCCCAGCAAUGCAGACAGUGUUCUGGUCCUCCCCGAGCUGCCCCGCUCCCCCGACCCUUCUGCAGGUCUGUAUAUUCGAUCUCGCACUGAUGAGAUCGUCAAAGUCAAUAUUCCUAAAGAUUGUCUGGCUUUCCAAACCGGGGAAGCUCUACAGCUCAUCACCCGGGGCAAAUUUAUGGCCGUGCCGCACUUCGUGAAAGGGGCUAAAGCUAGCCCUGGACAGAAGAUCGCUAGAAAUACCUUGGCUGUGUUCACGCAGCCCAAUCUGGCAGAGGAGGUUCAGCCCGGAUUGAGUUUUGCGGAGUUUGCGAGAGGCGUGGUGCAGAAGAAUUACUGA